UUUUGGCUAAGAUCAAGUGUAGUAUCUGUUCUUAUCAGUUUAAUAUCUGAUAUGUGGGCCAUCGGUCCACACGAUAUUAACUCUAUUUUUUAAGGGAGAAAGCCCGUUAUGAUAGCUUGCUAUCUGGGCUUUCGCGAGUCGCCCAUGCGUUGCACUACUGCACGGGCCUGGCUCAACCCGCCAAUAUCAGUCCAAAAUAAUUCUAAAAUAACAAUUUGGAAAGAACUAAAAACCAACUUGAACCGCAAUUAAGUGCUAAAUUGGUGAAUUUCUUCAAAACCAAACCGACCCCAAUUUCAGAACCAACCUACCAAAUACCAAACCGAAACUCUUCGCUGUUUGGUUCAACUGAAGGAAAAAAAUGUCGGAGCAAACGGUGUAAAUUUGCGAGAGGAGAAGAGAUGGGAGAAAUGGGAAAGGCGAUCGGAUUGCUGAUGAGCGGGACGCUAGUGUAUUACCAUUGCGUUAAUCGGAACGCGACUCUUCUCUCACUCCUCUCUGAUGUUCUCAUUGUUCUCUUAUCUUCCCUCGCCCUCCUCGGCCUUCUUUUCCGUCAACUCAAUGUCUCAGUACCUGUGGAUCCAUUAGAGUGGCAAAUAUCACAGGACACAGCAUGUAACAUUGUUGCGCGCGUAGCUAAUACUGUUGGAGCAGCUGAAUCCGUUCUGCGGGUUGCAGCAACAGGACAUGACAAGAGGCUAUUUCUUAGGGUUGUGGUCUGUCUUUACUUCUUGGCAGCUCUAGGACGAAUCAUAUCGGGUAUUACCAUUGCCUAUGCAGGACUAUGUUUGUUCUGUCUCUCCAGGCUUUUUCAGAGUUCUGAUCGAAACUCUGUAUUGAACCGAAGAAACCGAGAUAUUUUGGAACGAGAAGCAUCUUCAGAGUUCUGAUGUACUAUCUGAACUUGUUCUCUUCUUAUUUUUUGUUCUUUUUUCCACCACGCAUGUUCAUAGCUUUCGAUAGUUGUAAUAAUUCUUGCACUUCCUAAUUGAAUAAAUAUUUUUCCUAA